GAAAAUUAAAAUACAAUAUUUUCAUCUUCAAAGACAUACUUUUUUAUUAAGAAAUAAUGCAUUUCUGGAUUGAUAAACCUACAGGACGAUGUUAUGGAUUUAAUGGACGACAUUAUCCUACUAUGUCUUUUUCCAAAGUAAAUUUUGGUCAACAUCGUAGGUGUGAUUUAGAUGUAACAAGAUUACAGAUGUUAACACCAGUACAUAGAUUUCAAGCUAUUAGCAAUAUUGGAAAUUCUGCUGGAUCUAGUAAUCAUAAUUUAACCAGAUCUAUAAGAUUUAAUACACAAACUAAUGAACAUAGAAAUAAUUCAAUACAUAAUGAAAUACAACUUGGACAAAAUAUCAGCAAUACAAAUACUACUGGUAAUAAUCUACAUGUACCACAAUCAACAAGUAAUUCAAGUAGUAGAGGACUUCUCAAUUUUUCUGAAUUAAAUGAUGCAGUAAUGGCAGGAUACAGACUUCGUUGCAGUGUAUGGAUUAUUUUUGUACUAGCUACAGGUUUUGUAGCUGCAGCUAAAUUUUACUUUGAUCAUCAGCAGGGAGCUGGUUUAGAAGUACUUGUAUUUUGUGGACUAUUAGUAAUUCUUUUACUGUCUGGGUGUUUCUACUCAAUUAUUUGUCGACGUGCACAAAACAAUCAUCAUCAAGAAAUCGAAGUAGAACCUAUCGCAACUGUUGCUGUUUCAAAUACAAUUUCCAAUGAUAAUAUUAGACAAGUUUCUAUGCCUAUUAGACAAAAUCCACCUCCACCAUAUCAUAUAGCAAUUCUUAUACCUCCUCCUAUAUCAUCUGAUGAAACACCUCCCCCAGCUUAUGAUAAGAUUGUUCAAUAAAUUUUAUUUAAUCUAGUUUUAUAUAUAAAUUCAAUAUGUUUAAUAUUGUUGAAUUAUAGAUAUUGCUACUUUUGAUAUAUCCUUGCAAUUGUGUUUUAGUAUAAUCAAAAAAGUUGAAGGCAUUUAUUAUACAGAUGUUUAAAUUGUGAUAUUUAAUUGGCCAAAAAAGAAUUAUGAA